CUAGGCCUGGUGGAUAACAGCACUGUCCUGUACAUUUCACAGACGACGGAAAGCGUUUGCGCAUGCGCCGAGUUGCUGGUUCGCCCUGAGCAAUAAAGUGAUGCGGUGUUACUUGAAGACGCUCCAAAAACAGCGAGCUGAACACAUGAGUGUUUUGCUAACGAAAAGAGGAGUUUGGAUUUAUAAAAGCGUUACCAAGAGAAGGUGACAACGGGGAAAUCAUCUAAAGACGCCUUCCAUUAGCAGUGCGAAGAAACGCACUUUUAUACCCCAACUUCGCCCAUACGAUGUGACUGUAAAGAGCGUCCGGAUCUAGGGGAGAGAGUGGGGGGUCUUUCCGGUCUAUCCUCAUUCACUUUACGGAAUAUGAUUUUUUUUUCAAUAACAUAAGUGCAUCAUGGAGGACAAUAUGGAUAGUUUAAAAUUCAGAGAGAAAACGCAUAAUUGAAGAUGACCUUAAAAGCAACCAAAACAUGGUUUUUAAGACUCCUUCCUGUUGUGCUAUUCUUCAUCUGUUACUAUUGCUCUCAGAUUUACUAUGACAGCAGUGGAAAGUCUCCUCAGCAGACUAUUUCUCUGUGUAACAUUAACGGCUCGCAGAGGAAGUGGAACAGUCUUCAUUUGAACACCAGCAGACACCCAGAGCUCUUUCUGAAGUUGGAGGAUUUCUUUUGGAGGAAACAUCUGUCCACUAACUCGCUGCCCUAUGGUAUUAAAGACAGUGAGCUCCUGCUUCUGAAGGUCUUGGCAGUGGUCGCCAGUUACUCAAUGCCAGCAAACAUUGAGAGCACCAGCAGACACCCAGAGCUCUUUCUGAAGUUGGAGGAUUUCUUUUGGAGGAAACAUCUGUCCACUAACUCGCUGCCCUAUGGUAUUAAAGACAGUGAGCUCCUGCUUCUGAAGGUCUUGGCAGUGGUCGCCAGUUACUCAAUGCCAGCAAACAUUGAGAGUUUAGAUUGCAGGACGUGUGUGGUCAUAGGGAACAGCUUUUCAGUUAAAAACAGCUCACUGGGGGAGACCAUCAACAAAUACGACGUGGUGAUCAGGCUGAACGAUGCCCCGGUCAGAGGCUUCCAGGAGGAUGUGGGAAACAAGACAACCCUUCGUCUGUUUUACCCUGAAUCAGCGUCUUAUGACCCUACGAUACACAAUGACCCAGACACCCUGCUGGUCCUGGUUCCAUUCAAACAUCAGGACCUCCGCUGGCUCAAAGAGAUCUUAUAUAAUGAAAAGAGGGUCCGAAAGGGUUUUUGGAAGCCUCCUCCUCAGAUUUGGCUCGGCAGAUUCAGUCAGAUCCGUGUGCUGGAUCCAUAUUUUCUUCGCGUAACAGCCAGCGAACUUCUUAAAAUUUCCCUGAACCCAAGCCCGAAACAGAAGCCUGUUCAUCCCACCACUGGUAUUCUGGCAGUGUUUAUGGCACUAAACUACUGUGAUGUCGUCCAUGUGGCUGGAUUCGGAUAUCCGGAAAACAGAAAACACCAACAUCCAAUCCAUUACUAUGGACAGGACACAAUGAAAUCCAUGAAGAAUUCCUUCCAUGAUCUGAACCUAGAGGCACAAGUUCUUAAGAGACUGGAAGAGCAGGGGGUCAUCUUACAUCUUUUGCAUUCUUAUCACACAUACAAAGAAACAGCUGUGUUGAAUUCUUCUGUUUCUUUGUACACUGCAAAGCCGUCUGGGAGAUUUCUGUAUUUUUAUAUAAUUACCGCAAUGUUUUAUCUAACCUUAGAUGCUUAUAAUUGAUUGUAUUAUUUCCCACUGGAUAUUUUGUGAAUGAUUUAAGUAUUUCAUAAAAUAAAAUUUGGUUUUAUGCUAAAAAUAAGGCCUCCACUCUAUUUUAAAGAGCGCAGAUUUACACUAUAGAUUAAGAUGUCUCCUGACCUGUUAUAAAGAAAUCAUAUUGCAGUACCUAUCACAGCCUGUAGAUGGCGAUUAAUCCACGUCACAAUGGAGUAAUGGUUUGUUUACGGCUGCCUACUGAAGCACAACAUACGUUUAUGAUGGCCUUAUGUUCCCUUUUGGCUUUAUGGUAAUUGUUUCAGAUUAUUUUUUGGGAGUUAGAACAUCUGGAGUUGCGUUAGAUGGCACGGGGUGUUUUCAUGUACCAGAAUAAGCAGUAUUAACUGCAAAAGCCUGAUUUCUGUCGGCCUUAAUAUAUGAGUCAAGUUUUGCUUGGGAGUGUGGGUCAGCAGUAGCUGUACGGUGUUGAAAACUUAGUCAUUACUCUGAACAGUAUGGUUGUAGACCGUUUCAUCGGACACACGUUCUGACCAGAAGGGAGACAGCUACCGCCACUGGGCAUGCGCACUUCAAUACUGGAUAAUCUUUGUCACACUGAAAACAGUUGAUAAUAUUUUUUUAUUAUUGUAAGUCUAGGUUUAGGGUUGAGGUUGGUGUAGGCAUUAGCUAAUGUAAUUUAUUGUAAUUAUUAUAUUAUAUUUUAUUAUAAUUUAUAUUUUGUACCACUUCCGGCCUUAGCUGUAUCCCUUCUAACAACAACCGUGCCUGGGGGUCCAGUUAACUUCCGGUUUGUGUUUUGCCAGUGUCUAAUAAUAUAACUAUUUAUAUUUUAUUUAAUAUAUGUUAAUAUUGAUUUAUUAUUUUACUGUAUAAUAAUUGUAUUAAAUAAAUAAUUUGUUGAAUUUUGUUGCAAGUUCAUUUAAUUAAAAUGAUCAUAUUUA